AUGGAGCCUGAGGUCUCGGAGACUGAGUUCUGGUCUGAACUUCAAACGAUCGUCUCCAAGCCCUGUGACUCCGAAGACGAGAUUGACGACGCCCUCCGAGCUUAUCUUAGUCUAACAUCUCAACACAAAGAUGAAUACCUCCGGUCGGAAACAGAUAUCUCCCGCUGUUCCUACAAGCUUUUUACGUCGAGUAUUUUCGCUUCACAUGCGGACUACGUGCGACGACAGAUUCUCUACGGUCUCUUGCAGGACGAUGACCCGACUACACUCCUCUUCAUUGCGUCAUUCAUCCUCUUUGACGGACGACAGAAUGAAGCUGUGCUUCAGAUGCUGAAUGAGGAGGGCGCUUUUGCACGUCUUCUCGAGCUGAUACAGGCGAUGCGGAGGGCAGAUCUAGAUGGCGACGCGGGUCUUCAUCGCUUGUUGAUGGACCUUGUGUAUGAGAUGUCCAGGAUACAGAGGGUCAAAAUCGAAGACUUGGUUCUCGUGGAUGACGAUUUCAUUCGCUGUCUUUUUGAUAUCAUCGAAGAUCUCUCUGACGAUGUUACCGAUCCGUAUCAUUACCCCGUGAUUCGGGUGCUGCUGGUUCUGAACGAGCAGUUCAUGAUCUCAGCCCACGAUCCGGUGGACGGCCGGCCCUUUGCUCACUUGACCAACAAGGUCAUCAAGGUCCUAUCCGUGUAUGGUGGGAUGUAUAAGACAUUCGGGGAGAACAUCAUUCUUCUUAUCAACCGUGAAGCCGAGACAUCCCUCCAGUUGCUCACAUUGAAGCUUCUCUAUCUCAUAUUUACCACCCCUAGCACAUAUGAGUACUUCUUUACGAACGAUCUACAUGUUCUGGUCGAUAUUUUGAUCCGGAAUUUGCUUGAUCUACCCGAGGAGGCCUCUGCACUGCGACAUACCUACCUACGUGUUCUUUACCCGCUUCUAGCUCAUACACAGCUACGAGACCCGCCGCACUACAAGCGUGAUGGACUUCGAAGACUACUCAGCAUUCUUGUUCGGGGUCAAGUCUCAUAUGGGAGUGACACAGAGCAUGAGAAAAUUAUACAUUUUGAAGAGGUUGAUGAAACGACACGUCGACUUGUCGCUCGGUGUGCGACGGUGGAUUGGCUGCGUAAUGACGAACCUCCCGACGCAGCAGAAACGCAAGAGAUUCCCAUUCAAGCGACAACGGCUACUAUUGAGACUGUUUUGGAUCAAGGCGAGCAGCAUGCGUCAACUAUAGACAUCGGUGAACAGCUCGACAUCUCCCGCACACUCUCGCGAUCAAGCGCAAUUGCUAGCUCGCCUGAUACAACAUCACCAACGCGAAUGGACUCAUACAGUUCGUCCGACGCAGCAGAGAUUCGGAAACACAGCUCAAUCCACCGGCUCGGCAUGAAUCUCGAGCCCGCAUCCGCGUCUUCACUAAGCGUUCAGGCCGUUGCAGCACAGCACGAGAAACCAGGCAUAAUAACCCCCAGUCGCAAAGACAGAGUCCCUGCCGCCCCUGUCAGUGACGAGACACCAAUAAUGCGACCAUCCAAGGUCAAACCAGAGCCCCCAAAAUCUCGCCGCUGGCGCGGGCGCGGGCGCCGUCUGGCCGUGGAUGAAGAAGAGCCUCACUCUACUGGCACAAGCAGCGACGGGCAGACAAUCUCCGAAGGCGUCGAAGUCAGUCCUACUACCGUCUUGACUUCCAGCACACUGCCGUCACAGACACUUACUACUGAUCACCGCGAUUCCGGGUCGGGUUCUACUCUUGCACCCCCAGAUUCACGGCCGCGGCGGGCCGCAUCAAAUCCACCCCCUGCCCUCCCUCCACCACGUCGUUCCAGCCAUAACACACCUUCCUCAAGUCACCACCGGCCAGUAGUUCCAACAGCCGGAAUGGGCCGACAUGGGCAGGCUCCACUUCCGCCAAAAGCGCGCCGCUGGGGACGUGGCAAGCCGCAGCACGGACAGAGUGACUCGGUCGAGAGCGGGGCCAGCAGUGUUAGUCCGUCAAAAGAAUCCGAGACUGCUGAAAAUACGCCCGUAUCUGCUCAGCUAGAACUGUCACCAGAGGCCAGUGUUGUUUCAGACCCGUUCUCGCCGAAGUCUCCCAUUCUAUUGAUGUCACCGUCUGAGGCUACUGCAGACAAGGUGGAUGGCCCAGCCGAUGGUGCUGUCGACAACCAUGCGACUCUCAGUGUAGAGGAGGCAGUGCAGAAUGUCUCUCUGCAUGAAUAG